AUGCCAGUUUGUAGCUGUAAAGAACAUUCCAACUUUGCAAAAGAUGUACCUAAUAAAAUAUACAGACUCUCCAGCAAAAAAUUCAAAACAUCAGUUGUUGAAGGUCUUGUUAAAAAUGGUCAUCUGUGCAAAAGGGCAGUAUAUUUAUGCACAGCAUGUGCUGCUUACAGCGAGAAAUGUUUAAUUUCCAACGAAAAAGACGUAGAAAACAAACUGGUUGAUCAAGUUAUUGAUUUAAUUAAAAGCAACAACAUCUCUGAUGAGAAUGUGAUUAAAAUUACAGAAGCUAUUGGCAGUAGGGAAAGCAGAAAGAUGAAAGACGAUUUUAAUGAAAACAUUUUUACCCAAUACAAAAAUGUAGAUUUUUUAACAUCUGCCACUAUUGAUACGUGGAUAUGUGAAAGAAACAAUGUCAUCUCGUCUUUGUUAUUGUCACUUUGUGGGAAAAAAAUGUGUGACUUAUCAUCCACAGAAAAAACAAAACUUAUAUUUGCUAUCGAACAUUUGUACUCUCUCAUAUCUGCCAACAUAAUCAUGCCAUUUUCUUUUAGUUUGAAUCUGUUAACAUAUUACAUGUCAAACAGCAAAACAGUUUGCAACAUGUAUUCUUCUGCUCAUCCCGCUGGGAGUUACUCUUCUGUUUUGAAAUGGAUAGAAGACCAUGCAACAACUCCUAUAAGCGUUCCAUUUCAGCAUGACUUGAUAAGUUAUUUUGAUAACAAUCAGGUUUUGGCAAGGAAUUGGAGAGUGCGUUAUGACGCCAAAGCUAUUUUGAGCUAUGUAACCACUGUUGUUCACUUUUUUCCCAAUCCGACUACAGAGUUACAACUUGUGAACAAUUUAUCUCCCAGACAUUGGUUUUAUAACGUUAACAUUUCUGACAAGUACAAUGCUAUUGUCGAAUUCAUCCAUUCCUAUGAAAAUUUAUUCAGAUCAUUACGUGAAAGUUUCAUAGAAAGUAGGAUAAGUUGUUUGUUACAACAACAACAUCCAGGGCUGAAUUGUACAGAGGACAUCGUUUGUGACCUUUUGAAAAACAGGAACAUGAAAUUUUCAGAUCACUCUAGAACACAGGUUGAUGUAUAUUCGUUUUUACCACAUUCACAUACCAGUCCCCCAACUAUUCAAAUGGGAAAUCCCAUAUCAGUCAACCCUUGUUCCUUUCAAUCUGUUCAAGUUGUGUUAGAAAAUUUAAAGUGCACUACUGGAAUACCCGACCAUAGACAGUGGAGUAUAGUGGGAUGUGAUGGGCUCCCCUUCCUCCUGUCUCAUAGAAUUAUUAAAGAUAAUCCACAUCUUCAAGAUUUACUCCUUCAGCCUGGACUGGGACAUGUUGAAAUAAAUAUGUCCAAAGCUGUCAUAAAACUGUUAUGGCAAGUGAUAGGGUUAGAUUUGGCUAAACUACUAGGCUACAGAUCACCAAAAGCACUGCAGUCCUGCUUAGAUGCUAAUGAUCAUCACAAAGCCAUGCAGUUUAUUGAAAUUCUUCUUUUCGGAACAGGAGAUGAAUUAUUGUUCCCCUACGUUUUUCAUUGUUCGGAGAGGGAAAUGGUACCCUCUGGAAAAGGGUUUUUCGACUGGUGUAAGGAAGUAAAGGAUCCAAAUUACAUGUUCUUGCUGGAGUCCAUAUUUACCUAUGCACUAGCAGUGUACAUGUUUAGAGCCGGCAUAAGGCGUAAUAACAGUGACGUCAUUAUGGCCUCCAGACUGAAGUUUUUCCCUCUUUACUUUGGUGUGUCUAAAACAAACUACCAGCAAAUCGAGCUAUUAGACAUCAUCAUGAGAGUAUGUGCACCAACUGAAGUCCUCCAAUUCAUCCAGGAGCACGAGUCUUUCUCUCGUAAGACAGCAUGCCCUAACCCCCAACUGCACAAUAAUGCCAAAUGACGCACUUAAAUACUAACUUUAUUUCAUGUCGAUGUUGUAAGGCGAUAUUUGAUUGGUAAAUUUUCGUACACUUGAUUUGAUUGGGUAAAGAACUUUGCGUUUCGUUUUUUCCUC